AUGAAGAAUGGGAAAGAAGUUGGAUCUUCUAACACAGAAAUAACCAACAAAGAGAAAGAGAAAAUGGUAGAGUUUGAGAGGCCACUACUUGAAAAGGUUAUUCCCAAGGCAGGAAUGGUUUUUAAUUCUGAAGAAGAAGUUUAUAGUCUCUAUGUUGAAUAUGCUCGACAAGAAGGUUUUGGUAUUGCAAAAAAAAGUACAAAAGUCGGAGAUGAUGGGAAAUUAAAGUAUUAUGCACUUUCAUGUGUAAGAGGUGGCAAAAGAAUAUCUACUGCAAAAAGUGUUUUCAACCCAAGGUUAUCUACUAAAACAAAUUGCGAAGCCAAAAUAAAUAUUAUUGUUGGUAACAAUGGGUGUUUUACCAUAUCAAGUGUUAAUUUGGAGCAUAAUCAUGCACUAAGUCCGCACAAGGCUCGUUUCCAAAGGUGUAAUAAAAAAAUGGAUGCAUAUGUCAGAAAAAGGCUUGAUUUAAAUGACCAAGCAGGUAUAGGCUUGAGUAAAAACUUUCAUUCAUUGGCUGUUGAAAGUGGUGGAUAUGAAAAUUUAACCUACACUGAAAAGGAUUGUCGGAAUUACAUUGCAAAAGCAAGGCAAUUCAGGCUUGGAAUGGGAGAUGCAAAGGCACUUGGCAAUUAUUUCUCACGCAUGCAACAGAGAAAUUCUAAUUUUUUUCAUUUGGUUGAUAUGGAUGAAGAAGGUCGGUUACGAAAUGUAUUUUGGGCAGACGCAAGGUCUAUAGCAGCAUAUGAAGCUUUUAGUGAUGUUGUAUCUUUUGAUACGACAUAUUUAACAAAUAAAUAUGAUAUGCCAUUUGCUCCUUUUGUUGGAGUGAACCAUCAUGGGCAAACAAUAUUAUUUGGAUGCGGGUUAUUGUCAAAAGAAGAUACACAAACCUAUAUUUGGUUGUUUAAUGAGCUUGAGUUUGAUAUUAAAUGCACAUGUCGUUUGUUUGAGUUCAAAGGAAUUGUUUGUAGGCAUAUAUGCAAAGUUUUUAUUGAAAGGAAUGUCAAAGAGAUUCCAUCUCAAUAUAUUUUAUCCCGUUGGAGAAAGGAUAUUAAACGCCGGCAUACUUAUGUGAAGAAUUGUUAUGAAGAUUCACAAAUUAGUGAGCAAAAAGUGCGGUAUAAUAAAUUGUGCUCGCAUUUUUCUAAGGCUGCUGAAAUUGGAGUAGAAUCCAUUGAAAAAUAUAGUUUCUUGAUGAAGUGUGUGGAUGAUGCAAUAGAGAAGCUCAUGGAUAAUGCAAAUUAUUUGGAGAGUCACUCUAACCAAGUUAUGCCACCAAUGUUGUUGGAAAAGGAUCAUGAUCACCACCAAGCAACAUCUUCAAAGUUCCUAACUCCUUUAAAAAGUGCGUAG